AUUUGAAUGAUUGAUUGUUAGACUCCCGCCUGCUGUACUAAUAACCAGUAAACAGUGUCCUUCUCCGACAGCGCAAUUGUUUCGCCCUGUUCUGGUGCUUGAAGUAUGUUUUUUAAGAUUUCGCGCACAAGAGCAAUAUAUGCACCAGUAAUGUUCAAUUGGUUUGAGUAACUAAUCCUAGCCUCUGACUCAUAAGUACCCGGGACCAUUUCACUUUCACGCAAGCCUACAUCUGAAAGAGACAUGAUGAGAGACAUUGCAUGAGAUUAAGAGGAUCUGCUUGAAUAAAGGAACUGUAUUAUCUGACAAUGCAGAGGAUGAGAGAGAAGACUGACAAGAUGGAGGAGAACAAAGCCACGAGGAAGCUGCGGGUGUGCGUGGCGACGUGCAACCGGGCGGACUACUCCAAGCUGGCGCCCAUCAUGUUUGGCAUCAAGGCCAACCCGGAUGAGUUUGAGCUGGAGGUGGUGGUGCUGGGAUCCCAUCUCAUUGAUGAUUAUGGCAACACGUUCCGGAUGAUCGAGCAGGAUGACUUUGACAUCGGCUCCAAGCUGCACACCAUCGUGCGUGGGGAGGACGAGGCCGCCAUGGUGGAGUCAGUGGGUCUGGCGCUGGUCAAGCUGCCAGAUGUCCUCCACCGCCUUCGCCCCGACAUUCUGGUCGUCCACGGAGACCGCUUCGAUGCCCUCGCCCUGGCAACGGCUGCCGCCCUGAUGAACAUUCGCAUCCUGCACCUGGAGGGAGGAGAGGUGAGUGGCACCAUCGACGACUCCAUCCGCCACGCCAUCUCCAAGCUGGCCCACUACCACGCCUGCUGCACCCGCACCGCCGAACAGCACCUCAUCGCCAUGUGUGAGGACCACACUCGCAUCCUGUUGGCCGGCUGCCCCUCCUACGACAAGCUGCUGGCCGCCCAUCACCGUGACGACUACAUGGACAUCAUCAGGAACUGGCUCGGAGACAAUGUGAAGGAGCACGACUACAUCGUGGCCCUGCAGCACCCGGUCACCACCGACAUCAAGAACUCCAUCAAGAUCUACGAGCUGAUGUUGGACGCCCUCAUCUCCUUCAACAAGAAAACACUCAUCCUCUUCCCCAACAUAGACGCAGGAAGUAAGGAGAUGGUGCGCGUGAUGAGGAAGAAGGGCGUCGAGCAGCACCCUAACUUCCGGGCGGUGAAGCACGUGCCGUUCGAGCAGUUCAUCCAGCUGGUGUGUCACGCUGGGGCCAUGAUCGGCAACAGCAGCUGUGGCGUCAGAGAGGCCGGGGCCUUCGGGACCCCCGUCAUCAACCUGGGGUCCAGGCAGACUGGGAGAGAGACUGGUGAAAACGUCCUCCAUGUCCGAGACGCAGACACUCAGAAUAAGAUCUACCAUGCCCUGGAGCUGCAGUUUGGGAAGAGAUACCCCUGCUCGAAGAUCUACGGCGACGGGAACGCGGUGCCUCGCAUCCUGAAGUUCCUGCAGACCAUCGACCUUGAUGAGCCGCUGCAGAAGACCUUCUGCUUCCCCCCCGUCAAGGAGUGGGACAUCUCCCAGGACAUCGACCACAUCCUGGAGACUCAGAGCGCCCUAGCCGUCGACCUGGGGGGGACCAACCUCCGCGUGGCCAUCAUCAGCAUGAGGGGUAAGAUAGUGAAGAAGUACACCCAGGCGAACCCCAAAACCUACGAGACGAGGAUGGAGCUGAUACUGAAGAUGUGUACGGAGGCCGUCAUUGACGCUGUCCAUCUCAACUGCCGGAUUCUGGGAGUGGGUGUGUCGACAGGAGGCAGAGUGAACCCCCAGGAGGGUGUGAUCCUCCACUCCACCAAGCUGAUCCAGGAGUGGAGCUCCAUCGACAUCCGCACCCCCAUCUCUGACGCCCUCCACCUGCCCGUCUGGGUCGACAACGACGGCAACUGUGCCGCCCUGGCAGAGAAGAAGUUUGGCCACGGUAAAGGAGUGGAGAACUUUGUCACCAUCAUCACUGGAACAGGCAUCGGCGGGGGCAUCAUCCAGCACAACGAGCUGAUCCACGGCAGUACGUUCUGCGCGGCUGAGCUGGGCCACAUUAUGGUGUCUCUGGACGGGCCGGAGUGCAUGUGUGGCAGCCGUGGCUGCAUCGAGGCCUACGCAUCAGGCAUGGCCCUGCAGAAAGAAGCCAAGAGGCUCCAUGACGAGGAACUGCUGGAGGUGGAAGGAAUGGUGGAUCUGAAGAAGGCGGAGUCCGUCAGCGCCAUCCACCUCAUCAACGCAGCCCGCCUGGGCAACCACAAGGCUGAAGCCGUCCUCAGAACAGCUGGCAUGGCCCUUGGAGUGGGCAUCAUCAACAUCCUCCACAUGGUCAACCCCUCCCUGGUCAUCCUGUCGGGGGUGCUUGCCGCCCACUACCAGGCUCCUGUCCAGCAGGUCAUAGGUCAGAGAGCCCUCACCUCCGCCCAGAGCAUCCAGGUCCUGACAUCCGACCUCGAAGAGCCCGCCCUGCUGGGGGCCGCUAGCAUGGUGCUGGACUACACAACCAGGCGCAUCUAUUAACAACAUUACGGUGCUGGACUACACAACCAGGCGCAUCUAUUAACAACAUUACGGUGCUGGACUACACAACCAGGCACAUCUAUUAAGAACAUUGGUCAGUUGCCAAGUUCUAGUGUUCAUUUCAUUGGUCCCCAAAGGAGGGCCAUAUCUUGCAGUUCCCUGGUGUAGAAAGAUGAACUUGCAAUUACCAAAUAGAAAUGGCUAAGAUAGAAGGUAGGAUCUACAGAUAGAGCCGCCCAAUAGGACCGACAUCUAUACUACUGUCCCAGAUGGGACAAUCUGACAUGCUCUUCAAGCUAUCGCACCUUCUAUUGGACGAACCAUUGGCGAUAAUUUAUUUCAGUCAGACAAUGACAUGUUAUGUGUAUUUUCCAAAGAUUUCUUCAGUGAUACUAAUUGUCAACAUAAUAUCAUUUCUACAGCGGAUGAAAUGCCUAAUAGAGUACUUAAAUGGUAGUACUAUAAAUGACAGUGCUGAAAUAGUAGUACUGUUAACUACAGUACUGAAAUAGUAGUAUGUGUCUGAAUACAUAUAACAGCCGAUACAGUCAUGAGUACAGCCACAGUACCAGGGAAUGGCUGGGUGUGUCCAGACAAAAGAUUUCAAAAGAUGUGACCAAAUAAGGAUCAUUCGCAUUCAAUUAUGCUUGUACUACAUGGCCAUAUUUUGACCCUCGUAAUUCCAUGUUUUUUUUUGUUACUUCUUAAUUCUAAACGUACAAGAUGUUGUUUUUUUUUAAGCCACGCUAUGAAGCAUUAACAAUAUGUAUUUUAUCUUGCCGAGCUGUAAGAUCUUUGCGCCGCCAUCUUAUUUUGAACCAGUUCUGCAACCCUGCGUGACUGACCCAAGGCUUACCCUCUCUAGGACCACCGUGACGACCGACCCUCAAAUGUAGCGCCACGGCCAUGUACGGCAUAGUUGUCUUGACUAUGCUGCCAGAUCACGUGACUUCGUUUAUCAUUCUUUUUUGUUUGUUUUAUGCCUCGUCAUAUUUCAAGAGAUUACGGUAUGCAAAUCAGCCAUGUGAUAAUCCCAUUUUGUGUAUUCCUGUUUUUGAUCAUGUCACAGAGAAGUUUUUGAUUUUACUUCACCUUGGUACUUUUGUGACCUCUAUCAAUUGCAAUGGUCAUUUUUACACAUUAAAAAAAACACACUAGAAAAUGGUU